AAGCCCAAAGCUAGCAUUUGGGAUGCUGAAAGCCCAAAGCAGGUGGGGAGGUGCUUUGGGCUUUUCAGCAUUUUCGGGAUGCAACUUCCACCAUUUAAUGAAUUUUUGUCAGUUGCCUAUUUUGCCCUCAAAAUUUUGUUGAAAGUCCAAUUUUGCCCAUUUUAAAAAACAAAACCCAGCAGUCUCUAGCAUUCUGCUUCUUCGCUCUCCCAUUUGCCUUUUGUCACUCUCAAUUGUUGACUCACUCUUGCGCGGAACUGCUCGCCUCUCUCGCUCGCUUUGGUUGCUUCACUUUCCUUCGGACGGAUCGCUCGCUUUGGUUGCUUCGCUCUCCUUCAGACGGAUCGCUCGCUCGUUCGCUUCGGUGGUUCGCUUCGCUCGUUCCCUCGCACAACUACAGUAGAUGGCAAGUUCAUCGAAGGAAAAGGCAUUUUGGAGCUCGGAAGAUGUAGAAACCUUUUGUAAGUUGUGCAUUGAACAAAUUGAAAAAGGCAAUCGUCCUGCAAGCAACAAAAGAGAUGGAUGGGCAGUCAUAAUUAGCAAGUUUGAGGAGCUAACAGGAAAAAAGUAUGAUAAGAAUAAAAUGAAGAGUAAGUGGGAUAAUCUCAAGGAAGAAUGGAAAAGAUGGAGGUCAUUGCUUUAUAAUGAAACAGGACUAGGUUGGGAUUCAAGGAAGAAAACCAUUGAUGCGAGUGACGAAUGGUGGGAGAGUAAAAUUCAGGUCAAUCCAAAGUUUAAGGCUUUUAGGAUGAAAGGCAUACAUCCUGAUCUUGGAGAGAAGUUAGACAUGAUGUUUAGAGAUACAGUUGCUACUGGAGGAGUCACGUGGAAUCCUGGGCAAGGCUUAUGUAUUAAUAAUGAUGUUGAGGUCACACAACCUGGCAUCGAUGAUGUUGCAGGAUCUACUGAUGAAAAUUUGGAGGGUCAUGUAGAUGCAACCAUUGGUGAACCAAUUGGAGCUCAAAGCCGGAAAAGAGCCGCUCAAACUUCAACAAGGCAAGCUCGAGGAAAAAAAGAUAAGAAAUUGAGCACAAGAGAAGAGCUUGGGACGCAAAUUAACAGGCUAGUUGCAGCUGUUGAAAGUAGGAGCAAUGCCACUGCGACAUCUCAAGCAACCACCAAUGUAGUCGGUCCUUACAAGGACCUCAUAGAUAUAUUGGAUACCAUACCUGAGAUUGUGGAAGACGAAAUGUUGUACUAUUUUGCAAUCUCUCAUUUGAAGGAAAAGAUAGACAAUAGACAGGUUUUUAUGAGCUUAAAGGAUGAUGCAAAAAAAGUCAAGUAUCUCAAGUAUGAGUUUGGAAAAGAGUCACGUCUUCAUAGAUAGGUUGUUAGCAUCUUAUUGUUUUCAUGUUUGAAGGGAGUCAUGCUACUUUUAUUCCUGUUUGAAGAGAGUGAUGUUGCUUUGUUUCUGUUGAUGGAUCUUUAUUUGCAUUCCUGUGAACCCAAUUUCUAUUAAUGUUUUAAUGUAAGAAUUGUUUCCAGUUGGUGUUCUCUUUAUGUGAUUAAGUUUGCAUAUAUAUGAUGGUUAUUACAUUGUUUGAUGAUCAAGCUUAUUCAUUAUUUCUCUUACAACCUUUAUAUUUUGUUAUUUGAAACAGUUAUGGAUGAUUCACAUGCAAGGGAAAAUCGUGAACAAGAGGAAAA